AGAUGCCGUCGUUUAAGGUGCCUCAUCAGAAGAACCCUACAGCCCCCAAGGGCUUCUCCGUCCAAAACUCUGUAGAGAGAGAAAUUUUUUAGAGAGAGAGAGAGAGAUUGGAUUAUAGUUUGGUUUGGGUUUGAUUUGAUAGAUAGAAGAAAAUGGAAGGGAUAACAGAGGCAGUGAACAACUUGAACAUCUCUGAUACUCACAAGAGAAAUCGCAUCCAGGUCUCCAACACCAAAAAACCUCUCUUCUUCUAUGUCAAUCUCGCCAAGAGGUACAUGCAGCAAUACAAUGAGGUGGAACUAUCUGCUCUUGGAAUGGCUAUUGCCACAGUGGUAACUGUUGCCGAAAUUUUGAAGAACAAUGGAUUUGCUGUCGAAAAAAAGAUCAGGACAUUGACUGUUGACGUGAGGAACGAACCAGAAGGGCGACCUUUACCAAAAGCAAAGAUUGAAAUAUUGCUGGGGAAGACACAGAACUUUGAUGAGUUGAUGGCUGCUGAGGCAGAGGCAAGAGAAUAUGGAGACAGCGAGCAGCAGAGCUGAGUCCAGAUGUUCCUGAAAUCUGGUCUGUUCGUGAUUUCUCAUCUGUUGAGUUCCUUUUAUGAAUCUAUUAUAGUCGGACAUAAGACACCCCUUCCUUGAAAAAGGGAAAACACGAGGCAUUACUAAUGGUCAUUUUUGUAUUGGCAUUAAGUAGAAUAUUAUACCAAUGGUUAUGAUUUCUUUUAAAGAAUUCUGUAGAGAAAACAAAUGCUCCUUGUCAUUCAAAUUUCAUUUUUUAAAGGUCUUUUUCUGUCC